CGCGGAGCGCGACGACCGCGACCGCUGAGGGAGCGGGAGCCGGAGUCCCAUGCUGAGGAUUUUAUGAAAAUGGAAAAUUACCAGGCAUUUGUAGGCUUCGAUCUGUGUAAGAUACCACUCUCCAGUGUUGCUCAGAAGAUUAUGUCUGCUAUGCAUUCAGGCAGUUCAGUGGAGUCUGUGAAUUGGAGAGAGAAUGAAAAGACUGCAGAAGUGGUGAACAAAUCCAGUGUUACGCAUUCAGGACCACUUCACGAUGGGAGGAAUCAAGCACUGGGGCAAAAGCGUCAUAGUGCUUUCACAAGCCAGACAUCAGGAGCUCCCAUCAGACUCUCUCCGCGGCCCUCCACUAGCAGAGCCACGGAUCCGCUGCCCACGGACCAAAAGCGGAACCUCAGCUCACCGGCUCCUGCCCGUUGUCUGAUUCCACCACGUAACCAAGAGGCUUCCGUUCUGCAGGAAGUGGAACAUAAAAGAAAAUAUUUUCUUAAAAAAUAUAUAAGCAGUGAAAAUAAAGAAAGCAUGGAUAUGAAAAGAAAACGUAUUACAUGUAGUGGUUUGCCAGAGAAAACCACUAGACUUGAGGCAUUGGAAGACGCUGACAAGGUGGAAGCCUCCCUAAAUUCUGGGGACUCCGGAGCAUUCGGAACCCAUUUUUGCGAUACCAGGUAUUUGGAUGAUUUGGGGAAACGCCAGCUCAUUGAAAUGCUCAAACAGGCGGCAGCGGUGGUGGUAACUCUGAUGUAUAAGGAUGGCUCAACCCAGCUAAGAGCUGACCAGGCUCUGGCUCCCUCCGUUAAAGGGGUUGCCAUGUUACUGCAGAGCCAUGAAGAAGGAGGCCGGGGUCUUCUGGGUGCCUCGGCCUCUGGCCGGGCUCUGGAGGAAGGCUUUCCGCCCAGGGAUCGGUACAUCUAUGUGGAAACAGAGCACUCUUCUGUUUGGGGCCAAGAACCGGAGGCUCACAGUCAGUUUGCCAGAAACUUGCUGUUCCAAAUACUGAAAUGUGACUGUCCCGUCAUUUGUUACAAUGCUAAGGAUUUUGUGAGAACAGUGUUGCAGUUUUUGGGUGAUGAUGGCAGUUGGAAGCAUGUGGCUGGCUUUAUGGGGCUAGACCCGAGCAUUGCCGCCUGGCUCAUCGACCCUCAAGAUGCUGUGCUGUCCUUUGAAGAUUUAGUGGCAAAAUACUGUGAAAACUCCAUCAUGGUUAAAGUGAGCAGCACACAGGGGAACUCCUCAAAAACUACUGUGCAUCAGAACACAUGUGCAAACCUGAGGACUCUCUACAGGCUUACGACAGACCUCUGUUCGCAGCUGAAGGUUUAUGGUUUAUGGCAACUGUUUUGUACUUUGGAGCUUCCUCUGAUACCGAUUCUGGCAGUGAUGGAAAGCCACAGCAUUCGGGUAAACAAGGAAGACUUAGAGAGGACCUCAGCUCUUCUCGGGUCUCGUCUCAAGGAGCUGGAGCAGGAAGCCCAUUUUGUUGCAGGAGAGCAGUUUCUUAUAACAAGUAAUAAUCAGCUUCGUGAGAUCCUGUUUGGCAAACUGAAGCUGCACCUGCUGAGCCCAGUGGAGACGCUUCCUAAGACGGGGCCGUGGAGUCACCUGUCCACCUCUGAAGCUGUGUUGAAUGCUCUGCGAGACCUGCACCCGUUGCCCGGGGUCAUCUUGGAGCACAGGCAGGUUCACAAGAUCAAGUCGACCUUUGUAGAUGGACUACUAGCUUGCGUGAAAAAGGGCUCCGUGGCCUCCACGUGGAACCAGACCGGGACUGUGACCGGACGACUUUCCUCCAAGCACCCGAAUAUCCAAGGAAUCUCCAAGCACCCAAUUCAAAUGACUAAACCUCAGGAUUACAGAGGGACAGAGGAGGACACACUCACGAUCGCCCCGAGGACCGUGUUCGUCGCAGCCGAAGGACACAGCUUCCUGGCAGCAGACUUUUCGCAGAUCGAAUUGCGCAUUCUUGCACACUUAUCCAGGGACCCAGAACUUCUGAAGUUAUUCGAGGAACCUGAAAGAGAUGAUGUGUUCUCUACCCUGACUUCGCAGUGGAAGGACAUCCCUGUGGACCGUGUGACGCACACAGACAGAGAGCGGACCAAGAAGGUGGUGUACUCCGUGGUCUACGGGGCAGGGAAGGAGCGGCUUGCUGCUUGCCUUGGAGUGACUAUUCAAGAAGCCUCCCAGUUUUUGGAGAGUUUUUUGCAGAAGUACAAGAAAAUCAAGGAUUUUGCCCAAUCAACCAUUGCCAGGUGUCGCCAGACAGGCUACGUGACGUCCAUCAUGGGCAGAAGGAGACCGCUGCCAAGGAUCCGUGCGCAGGAACAGCAGCUCCGAGCACAGGCUGAGCGGCAGGCGGUGAACUUCGUGGUGCAAGGCUCGGCCGCAGACCUCUGCAAGAUGGCCAUGACCCACAUCUUCACUGCAGUGGCUGCCUCCCCCACCCUGACAGCCAGGCUAGUUGCCCAAAUUCACGAUGAGCUGCUAUUUGAAGUGGAAGACCCGCAGAUUGCUGAGUUCGCAGCGCUCGUCAGGGGAGCCAUGGAGUCCGUGCAGCACGUGAGGACCCUGGACCUGCAGCUGCAGGUGCCCCUGAAGGUGAGCCUGAGUGCCGGCAGCUCCUGGGGACACCUGGUGCCCCUGCAGGAGGCCCCGAACCCUCAGCCACGCCCACGUCCUGCUGAGUCUCCAAGCAACCGCCAGGCCACCGCUGGGCCCCUGGUCAGCACCUGCACCCCACGCCUGCAUUUCCCCCCUGAAUUUUGUCUGUAGCUCCAGGCAGCAGCGGGAGGACAGAACCGGUUUCCACCAGCUCAGGCUGUGGCCUUGUCCACGGUCAGUGGCUGCCGGUCUGUGCCAGCUCCCAGCUGCAGCAGAACCGCUGCAGAGGGGCCACCACCAGGAGUAAACGUUGUGCAC